CGUCGCAGUAGCAGCUCGCUCUCAACACUGGAUGCCCUCAUUCAGUGUGGUGGAGUUUGUGGAUGAAAUUGACCCUGAUGGCUGCAAGAAGGUGGACAUCAUUCCAUCAGAAUGGUUCGAGGGCACCGACGGAAAAUUAUGCUGGUGGCCACCAGCCACAUUGCUCAAUGUGACCAAGGCCGUGAAAGAGAGCACACCACCAGCUCAAAACUGGAUUCUGUGUAAUAUGCGUGUGAUGGGAAAUGCAGCUACUUAUGCGGAGGCCAGGGUAAAGCUUCAUCAAGCCGAGUAUACAUCCGACCUGACAGACACCGCAGAUGGCUUGAUAAAGAGAAAGGCAAGAUCAAAACUCUUCCAGAGUCAGAGCAAGCAUCUAGAAUCAAGUGAGCAUUCUGAUUCAGAGGACGAACUUCCACCCACUCCCCCAGAAAAACACCUUUGGCCAGCAGCAAAUAAAAUGACCAGCCAGAUUACCAGCCCCACUGCCCAGCGAGUUGCCAGUGCCACCGUCCAGCAGAUCGCCAGCCCCACUGCCCAGCGAGUUGCCAGCCCCAGUUGUGAAGCCAUGUUCUCUAAACUUCUUACAAUUGUUGAAGAAAUUAAGGAGACCCAGAAGGUUCAUGGUAAGAUGCUAAAUGCCUUGCUGAAGAAGCAAGAUACAUCAGUGAUGGAGGUUCCUGAUGGUGUGGUUUUCCCACUGCAAACUCAAGCAGACGUUGAGGCGCUUGAGGAGCUACUGGGGGACCGCAGUCUAAUGUCUGCUGUUGUUGCCAUGGUGGCAGACAUAGGGGGCACAAAUGUAGAUGACGCAACGAGACGAAUGAUGAAAUACAUUCUGUCAAACGAGCUGGCAUUGGACUACAACAUGUUUGGCCGUCACGGGAAAAAGAAGUUUAAGGACUUGUGUCUUUUCAACGUUCUGUACGAGGCUCUUAAGAAGAAUUCGUUGACUGCACAGGUGAACCAGCAGGAGGCAGAGAGGGCACUGUCGAAAUGGUUCACUGGGGCAAGAGACAGAGGAGGACGAACGUUAUCUAGACAGCCAGUGCCAAAUUAAACAGAACUGAGCAGUGGUGGAAUGUGAGUGCAGAACAUUUGUAUUCAGCUAAAAGUAGAUUUAAACUGUUAAAAUAUUUAUAAUUUUUCAUCAAUAUUUUUAUCACAUGUUAAAAAAUAUUGAAUCACUGUUAUUUUCAUUAAUGAAUGUUGAUCAUUUUGUCUAUCAACAAAAACUUUCUAAAUAAAAAGUUGAAAUCA